AUUUUUUGGUUUAGGCUUGAAGAGUACACCAGUAAUAUGGAUGUAUGGAUAGUUUAUUUUUUCCUUUUCAAGAUAUUCUUCAUAUCUGAAGCUACCAUUUACAAACCCGGUGCUGGCUGCUUCUGUAAUUUACAAUCAACUGACUCGAUAAAAGUAUUGAAGAAUCCUCAAAUGUUAUUUAUAGAGUGUUUAUGGCCGUACUUAACAUUUGAAAAACAACUAGAGAUGCUUGGCCCUGAUGUUGUAAACAAGGGUGAAAUAGAGAGAAUAAGAGAUGGCUAUGGUGCGGAGGAAAAGGAUUUUCAAAAAGUGAAAAAAUGCGAAUUCAAUCAAAAUAAUAGAACUUUACUUGGAUUGGAUAUAAGAUGUGUAGAAAGUGAAAUAUACACUUUGAAUAAGAGCUCCGAACAACCUGAUCAUCUUUUAGUAAAGAAUUUAAUUAAACCGUCAAAGGUCACGAAUGCAAUGUAUUGUAGAAAUUCUCCCCCAAUUGCUAUAAAUGACUGUAAGAGUGAUACAUUGAGUACUGUUAAUUUAGAAAUGAAUAUUUUAUCAGUUCCUUACUUCAAAAUAUAUCGUUCAACUUCUGCGCUUUGCAAUGCAAAUUUUAAAACUGUGUGCUAUUUAGAAGUGAUCACAUCGGAUGAUGAUACAGGCGUAAAUUAUUCAGUGGAUCAGUUAUUUAACGGACAAAAAUGUAAAGUGAAACCGAAAAUUGAAGUUGUUAAAAUUGCUAUAUUCUACUUCACUGGAUAUGAUCAGUUGACUGGAAAAUUACCUUUCAUAGUUUCGGAACAACUAGAACUAUCAUCUUUAAUAUUUAAGAAUGCUACGAUAAAUCAAUUAUCUGAAAUUGAGAGCUAUUUAACUGAUACACCUGGGAAACUUAUUAUACAAGCCUCAUGUGAUUGUCACGCAUUAUGGUUGCUAAACGUAUAUCAAGUGAGAGCUAGGAAAGGUUAUAGCAAGAGAUUGGAUACAUUGAAAUUCUGUAGAGGGCAUGAGCUGGAAGGUGGCAGUCUGCUAAAAUUGACUUUACGUUAUUUCAACGAAAUUGAACCUGAAAUGCCUUCAAAUCCAAAGCUAAAGUUCGCAUGGGAAAUCUCACGAAUGGUCAAUAGUGUAAAGAAUAUCGACUUUAAAUCCAACUGCACUGAUUUAUAUCAGCUCUACAAUAACGUUAGUGCUGUCUGCCAAAAUUAUACUGCCAUGUUUUUAAUUAUAUUAUUAACAACUCUGAAUUAUUUCUAAAAAUUUCGAGAUAAUUAACUCUGGUGACUUGUUAUGCGAUUGUUUACGUAGUAAACUUUAAUAUUUGUGAUUUUAAUGCUCUCGCUGAGCAAAAAGACGUACUAGUGAAAAUAGAAUUCAGCUAUAUAUAUAUAUAUAUAUAUAU